GCCAAAGUGAGGUGGAAGUGGAAUGGAGAUAGGUUGGGGCCUGGCCGCCUGGAAGCUAGGUUGCCAGACACCGCCCAAGGAAGCCCGGCCUGGAAUCGAAGGCGCGGGGAUGGGAAAGCCUGCGGACACGGAACCUGACGCUCUGAGGUGGGUCUUGCCGCCCGCUUCUGGGCUCGUCAACCUCGAGGGGAGCUGAGGUUAAGAGGUGAUGCCAACCAUGUUUAAAAGGAUUUGAUGUAUGUUUGUCUUCCGAAUAAG